UCAAUACGCGGCGGCGAGUUCAGACGGCGCGACUACAGGGAUGGAAACCACGGCUCACAGCCCGCUGAACAACUCUGGCCUGUGUUGCAGCCCCGGUUCAUGCCUCUGUGCCAAAGGCUGGUCGACCGCGGUGUGGAAUGGCCUCCCAGACCGGGCCGUGAGCCUCAGCCCCAGGGCCUCCUGCUUCAGCCCCGAGCCCUGGCUCCUGCCCGGGUGCAGCUAUGUCUACGACAGCCUGGUCAGCAGUUCCUCUCCAAACCGCUCCACCCCAACCAGGGCCAUUCCUCAUGAGGGAACCUGGACGGGCAAACCUCGAAGGUCAUCGAUCCUAGAACGCUGCAUUCUCAAAGUGUCAACCAGCAAUGUGGCUGUUGGAACAGAUGACCUGGAUAAUAGCAGAAAGCCCCAGGUUGCCUGCUGGUAUGGCCGCUCCCUGGACCCCGCCAACCAGGAGACCAACACGGCGGUCCUGAAGAGACGGCAGAAACAGAUCCAGUACGGCAAGAACACCACUGGCUACCAGAACUACCUCCAGCAGAUCCCAAAGCACCUCAGAGACCCCAAGGUCCAUCCCUCCACCCCCAACAAGUACAAAAAGUAUAGCCGGCGCUCCUGGGACAUGCAGGUGCGUCUGUGGAGACGGGCGCUGCACAUGUGGGACCCCCCCUCCGAGGGCCUGACGGAGGGCUCCGAGAAACGGGACCCAGUGGAUCAGCUGCAGUGCCAGCUGGAGAAGAUGACUGCACAGCUCUGCGAGGAUGAGGAGAAGAAGCACAUGGUGAGAGAGGAGACUCCACCGGCCUCCGAGACCUCCUCGCUGUCUCCUCUCUCGAUGACCGGCCUCGGGGACCUGAACUGCCCCCCCCAGCAUCCCCAGAUGUACCUGGUGCCUGAGAGGACCUCCAAGCAGCCUCGCUCUCCACCUGGCCUGAACUACUCCUUCACCAGCCAGCGGACCACCAACGAGAACAUGAUGGGGUGGCUGCGCUUCCUCCUGGAAGGGGGGCACGUUCAUGAUCUUUCCCCUGAUGACCAGCAGGUCCCUGUGGCCACUGAUCACCUGUCGUGGGUGCCAUACUGAUCAUUAUGCGAUGUUCCAAGGUCUUAUCCACAAGACUUGCUUUGUUGGCUGGUUUUUGAUGAAGGUCAGUGGGCUGAAUUCCAACUCUGCUAAAACGCUCAUCAGACACUGAAGACGGUGGCACAAGGAACUCUGGAUCCUUGGCUUCCAUCAAGAAAACUAGCUGUCACUCUCUACUUUUGGAUCUUUAUUGUUUCUGAACCUCGUGCAUGAGGCUGUGUAAUGUGCAGUCUCUCGCCUGUUUUUUUUAUUUCACAUACAUUGGGUUGUCUUUUAAGAUGGCUGUGAUGCGUUUAAUGCUAAAAGUCGAUUCACGGAUGAUGAGAACAUGGGACAGCAUUGUCAGUCAUCAUAUUGGCGUCAUGACAGUCACCACUUAGGCAAGCUCCCUCCACUUGUAGACUUGUGAUGCCAUUUUAUAGUUCUGACCUCUGACCUCGAGGUGGAAAUUUACCGGUUGGCCUUGAAAGCAUCUGUAGGCUGAACAGUUGGGGAUUAUAGUAUUGAGAGGACUACCUCCGUAUGCAGAGGUCUGCACUUAACUUUUUAGUUUGUCACUACCCUCACACUCUUAAGCUUACUUGGGUGCCUAGGUUUCUGUUGUCUGCUUUUCACCAGAAUAAUUGUUUGUGUGCACUUAUUCUUUGACAUAAUGACACUUUGACUGAUGCCUUGUACUCUAUGAUAUAAUCAAUAUUUUCACUUCGUUGUUUGGACAUUUCUUAAUGCUCCGGGUUCCCUCAGCUGCUUUCUUGAAAGAAAGACGUGACACUGGGAAUGGCUGUCUUUGUGUUGUACGUUUUACUUUUUUUUGUUCCUCGAUGUCAUUUUGUGCAGCUUGAAUAUUGAGACUGUUAUGGAAAUAUUUAAAAGGAUAAAAACUAAUAAAGAUGGAAACGUGUUACAAAUCCAAA